AUUGCUUGCGCGCACCGUGAUCGUUCCACGGCAAAUGCAAACACCGCAAUUGUAUCAACAUGUUUUACUCUUGAUCUCACGAAUCCCUAAUAUAGCAUUGUAAAUCCAUAAUCUUUUCAUAGCAAACCCGACGAAUUUCGUUCUGUACCAAGACCAAACGUGAGACGUGCCUGAGACUCGCUCGAGACCUCCUGAUCUGUGGCAACCCAACAUACAUCAUAUUUAGCUGUAUACCGCCUUAGUCCUUAUCGCGCAGGGCUUCACUGUCCUUUCGACUCACCUCACAGUAAAUCCGGCUUCCAAUAUACUACACAAUGACGACGGACGUCCCUCGAUUAGAGCGCGUAAUUGCAACCCCCAAAUUUCGCGAAACUGCCCCCGACAAGCCAUGGCAGCAUUAUAUGACCAUCGAUACAAUCAAUACGGUACUGCAGAGGUCUCUCCUACAUCCCUUCAUUGCGUGGAUGGUGCCUCUCUCAAUGAGAGCGCAGUUGACGCCGUACCAUUUCACUUCCAUGAAAGUCGCAAUCGCUUAUGCAACACUCAUCACAAUACUAUGGAUACUUGGCGUUGUCAACAAGAGAGUUGCCCACGGUCUGCCACGCGAUGUCGAUCUCUCGGAUGAGGUAAUCGUCAUUACAGGCGGUGGUAGUGGACUGGGACAGCUUAUCGCGGAGGUAUAUGGUAUGCGAGGCGCGAGUGUGGCAAUUUUGGAUGUGCAAGAUGGAAAAGAGGCGGAGGCAAAGGGAAUUGCAUACUACAAAUGUGACGUUGGAAGUCGUGAGCAGAUACAGGAUACGGCAAAGCAGAUCGAACAGGAUCUUGGAACGCCGACCAUUUUGAUCAACAACGCUGGCGUCAUGAAUGGCAAAUCGCUUUUGGAUCUAUCUUUCGAAGAUGUGGAGCGGACUAUGCGUACAAACCUCCUCUCACAUUUCUACACAAUCAAGACCUUCUUGCCGGGCAUGUUGAACGAAGGACGCGGCACAAUUGUCACUGUUUCUAGUGUUCUGGGAAACCUUGGUGCAGCGAAUUUAUCUGACUAUACCGCUUCCAAAGCUGCUCUGAACGCUCUACAUGCAUCUCUCAAAGCUGAACUCGAGUUGUCGACCCACGAAUCUGCUCCAUGGAUACGCACUAUACUGUGCUGCCCGGGGCAAUUGUCGACAUCCCUGUUUGCGGGUGUAAGAACUCCGUCCAAUUUUCUAGCGCCCAUUGUUGAGCCUGUAGAGAUCGCAAAGGAAAUUAUCAAGUUAGUCGAUGCCGGUGAAAGCGGUGACAUCUCAGCCCCGCUAUACGCACGUUGGAUUGGUCUAUACGGCAUUCUACCUGUGGGUGUACGUAAAAUAGCAAGACACCUGAGCGGUAUUGACUACGCAAUGAUCUCUAGGAGUGCCUCGCCACCGAAAAAUUGAUACAAAUAAUCUCUCAUGUGAAUAGAAAACAAAUCUGUUUUCACUCUUCCAUCUACCAAACUUCCACAGAAACAUCAUUUCCCGAUCCUUAAACAAUCAUGUCUGCCCAAGCCGCAGUCAUUAAUGUCGCAUAUAUGUACCACCUAUGUCCGCACUCGGUCUGGCCGCAGUGAUAUGAGAUAUCUACGUUUCUCAGGCCACUAUUGGACCGGGGUGCAUAGAUGGUGCGUAGAUGUAUUAUAGAUGCAUUAUAGAUGUAUUUUGGAUGUAUUAUAG